AUGGGGCCCCCCCACACCGCAGAUCCCCACAAUCACUAUGGGACCCCCACACAGCAGAUCCCCACAGUCACUAUGGGACCCCCACACAGCAGAUCCCCACAGUCACUAUGGGACCCCCACACAGCAGAUCCUCACAAUUCCCAUGAGGUCUCAGACUCCAGGAGCCCCAACCUCAGUCCCAACCCCAGCCCCAACCUCAGUCCCAACCCCAGCCCCAACCCCAGCCCUAACCUCAGCCCCAACCUCAGUCCUAACCUCAGUCCCAACCCCAGCCCUAACCUCAGUCCCAACACCAGCCCUAACCCCAGCCCCAACCCCAGCCCCAACCUCAGUCCCAACCCCAGCCCCAACCCCAGCCCUAACCUCAGCCCCAACCUCAGUCCUAACCUCAGUCCCAACCCCAGCCACCUGUUUCCCGUCACACCUGUUCCCCGUCACACCUGUUCCCCGUCACACCUGUUCCCCGUCACACCUGUUCCCCGUCACACCUGUUCCCCGUCACACCUGUUCCCCGUCACACCUGUUCCCCGUCACACCUGUUCCCCGUCACACCUGUUCCCCGUCACACCUGUUCCCCGUCACACCUGUUCCCCGUCACACCUGUUCCCCGUCACACCUGUUCCCCGUCAGACCUAUUCACUUCAUGCUGACCUCCCGCACUGCCACGCUGACCUCCCGCCCAGCCACGCUGACCUCCCGCCCAGCCACGCUGACCUCCCGCCCAGCCACGCUGACCUCCCGCCCAGCCACGCUGACCUCCCGCCCAGCCACGCUGACCUCCCGCCCAGCCACGCUGACCUCCCGCCCAGCCACGCUGACCUCCCGCCCAGCCACGCUGACCUCGCCCCCACGUGGGUGCUAACAAGCUAA